AUGGACAUUACAAGACAUUUGAUGGACGACAGACAGACAGACAGACAGAGACAGACAGACAGACAGGCAAACUGUACAGGACAGACAUACAAACAGACAGACAAUCAGACCAACGUACAAACCAACUUUAAUACAAACAGCCAGCAAACAUACCAGAUAGGACACAAACGUUACCUUCAUCUUUCUGUCUUUUGUAGGUUCUUUGACUUCGCAGGCCGUGGAGAGUUCUCACUGGUGCGCAGCUCUGCAAGCAACUUGCUAAUUCAUAGUCGCGUGUGGCCUUGUCCAGCUGGCAACAGGGACUACUCUUGCACUUGUGGUGUGGCCAUUCAGGAAGGAUUUGAUCUUGUUGUGGUUGAUAUGUGUCAGUGGCAGGACAAGGACAAGAGAAGAGUGCGUGCUCUUCCUGUGCGGAUAAAGAAGAGAAGCCAAGGAACGUUAGGAAACACAAUGAAAGUUUUAGCUAAUGAAGGAAGGACUAGUUACAAGAUUGAAACAUCGUCUGGUGUUGUUGUUACCUUCCACCUUAUCCCACAUGGUCUCAAUGUCUUCAUCCAUGUCCCUGAAGAUCAUUUCCGGUCAACAUCUGGUUUAUGUGGCAACAACAAUGCCAAUCUUAAUGACGACUUACAAGGGCCACACGGCAACCAACAUGUAAAUAUCAAAAGUUUUGGCUCAUCGUGGAGAGUCAUCCAAGAGCAAAACAGCUUGUUUACUCGCAUCGUAAGAUCUACUGGAUCUACUAGUGAUGCACUAUUGCAUUGCCAAUGCAAGAGCCAAACAAAUAGCCACGUAGAGUUGCCAUUGUGUGACACGGAGAUGAUUUAUCAGUUGAAGCGAUUGCGAACCGCUGAGUAUGAUAAUGACAUCAGCAAACGUGUUGGGACUGUUUCAACAUUAAGUGGUAUUCAACCCUAUUCGUCUGACAUUGCAGAUGUCUAUGACUUCAAGGUUGUUUCGUUGUCGGCUCGUGUGCCAAGUUUUCCAACAGAAAGUGGAAUCACACUGGCAAGAGCGAGAACGCAUUGUAGGAAUGUGCUGUCAAGCAGCAUCGUCGCUCGAGGGUGUCAUGUGGAUGUGGAUAGGAUCGUACCGAUGUGUGUGGACGAUGUUAGGUGGUCAGACUCGCUUGAACAGCCUCGACUUCUCAUUCCAGUUCUCAUGCAAAUGUGUGAAGCGUCUGUAUUCUCUAACGUGUCACUUUGGUCACAAUCGUUUACCCCAACUACAAGUCUAUCGUCCAUUUUCCAACCACCAACAUUUGUUCACUCGUCUCUUUGCUUGUCCGACUGUAGUGGACAUGGUAGAUGUGUUGCUAGUCAGUGUGUCUGCGAUGCUGGCUAUAUAGGCAGUGACUGCUCGUUUAGUUCUCGUGUUGCUCCUCGUGUGUUUGGCUUUGCAAACAACGGAGUGUGUGACUUGAAUGUCGAUUCAUGUCCAGCUGUUAAUGUCCUCGGUGAUGGCUUCAUUGAUUCCGAGCGUCUGAUGUGUAUGUUCUACGACGGACCGGCUGACAGACAAGCUGAGAGAACGGUCGGUGUUUUUGAGAGUCGACAUGAAGUCAUAUGUGAAUUGCGUUCUCCUGACAAGAUGAAAACAAUCGAUGCGAUUGACAUUCGUGUGACCACUGAUGGCAGACGAGCAAGUAAUCGUAUCACAUACGUCCGGUAUGACUCAAGAUGCGUCAACUGCUCAAGGCCAGGAGAAUGUGCCAUCAAGUCAGGAAGAUGUGUAAUUGACAAUCAGUGUUUUGUCGAGGAUGAGAUGAGCGAAAGUGAUUGGUGCAAUCAAUGCCAGCCAAGUCAAAGUCAAACAGAGUGGAGCCCACGAGCAGACAAUGCCGCGCCUUCAUUUACAUUUCAACCUUCAGAUGCCGUGCUCAUCAGAGGCGACACGCUCACUCUACAACUGUUAGCCAGUGAUCCUGAAAAAAGAUUGUUCUUGUUCAGUGUGCAACCUUCGUCUCAAUCAGGCAUGUCGUUGUCACGUUUUGGUCGGUGGAAAUGGACGGUGCCAAACAGUGCGGAACUACAAGAGUAUAAGUACACAUUCUAUGCGGUCGAUGAAUGUGGUGCACAAUCAGAGCCAUUGGAAUUAUCAGUGACCAUCCAGGCAUGUUCGUGUCACAAUGAAGGAACAUGCAGGAAUGAUCCUAAUCAUCCUAUCGGAUCCGGACGAUACACUUGUGAGUGUGCUGAGGGAUUCACAGGCCAAAACUGUCAGACAACCAUCAAUAACUGUGUAAGCAAUCCGUGUCUUUCUGCAGGCAAAUGUAUUAACGGCUUGAAUAGCUACACGUGUGACUGUCCACUGGGGUAUACAGGCCUCACAUGUCAAACAGCUAUUGACCAUUGUUUAUCCAUCCCGUGUAUGCAUAAUGGAACCUGCUCUACAUAUGCCGACCGAUUUGUUUGCGAUUGCCCAUCUGGAUAUUCAGGACUCAUUUGUGAUUUUGAUAUAGACGAGUUUGCUAUGUGA